UCCGCUCUCUGUGGCGCGCGCGGGCAUUAACAGACGAACGAGGGUAGGCUUCACAAUCUUCUUCUCCUUCGCGAUAUUUUUCCCACUUUUGAAGCUCUAAUCUAUAAUGGCGAAGGCGUUUUUAAGGCCGACGAGCUUUGCGGUUGAAGGGGGAUUUGAAUGGUGGAAUGAGAUCGACGAAUCGGAGCAAUGGCAGAAUGGGAUUUACUACUUCUUGGCUGCCUCUUAUGGCAUCAUUUCCCUCAUUGCCUUAGUUCAACUUAUCCGAAUUCAAAUAAGAGUACCAGAAUAUGGGUGGACAACACAAAAGGCGUUCCAUUUGAUGAAUUUCAUUGUAAAUGGAUUGAGGGCUAUUCUCUUUGGGCUUUAUAAGAGUGUUUUCCUCAUUCGGCCAAAGGCUCUUGAAAUGGUGGUUAUGGAGAUUCCUGGACUUCUAUUUUUUUCAACAUACACUCUGCUUGUUCUAUUUUGGGCUGAGAUAUACCAUCAGGCACGGAGUCUUCCUAUUGAUAAACUUAAGCCCACUUACUGUAUCAUCAAUGGAGUUGUGUAUCUUACACAGAUCUGCAUUUGGAUAUUUGUGAUGUUAAGCCGAACACAUGGUGCAGUUAUAGCUGCUAAGCUCUUCUUUUCAGUGGUUUCAUUUUCUGCUGCACUGGGUUUCCUGAUUUAUGGUGGGAGGCUAUUUGUCAUGCUGAGACGCUUCCCUAUUGAAUCUAGAGGGCGCCAAAAAAAGUUGUAUGAGGUUGGUUGUGUGACAGCAAUUUGUUUUAGCUGUUUCUUUAUAAGAUGUUUUGUGCUUGCCCUCUCGGCAUUUAACAAGGAUGCUGAUCUUGAUGUCCUAGAUCAUCCCAUGCUCAACUUGAUAUACUACAUGUUGGUAGAGAUUGUUCCGUCGGCAUUGGUUCUGUUUAUACUGAGAAAACUUCCUCCGAGGCGUGUAUCUGAUCGGUAUCACCCCAUUGAAUGAAGCUCUCAAAAAUUUCUGGUCAGCAGAACUUUCCAUUCUAGUUAUGUUUUUAUUCUGAGUAGAAGAUUUUUGUUCUUUAGGACUUUAGUUGCAGAUUUCUGUUUGUCUAUUUGGCUAGAUUUACAUUAUCGCUUCUACUUUAAUAAAAAAAUACCUCUUCAAGCUGAAAAAAAAAAAACCUUCUGUCUUAUGCAAAAUAUACCAUUACUUUUAGGAUGCUUUA